CUGCCAAGCAGUCCACCACCCAGAUGGCCAAUAGCCUCAUCUACUUCACCGAGGCCUGCAUGGCAACCACCUUCGUCCUCCCAACCACUACCACCGCCUAGUUGGAGUCCUCGACAACCUGAAUGGAAUCCUCCUCCUCCUAAGGUCCCACCACCAUCACGCAACAAAACGAGUCCAGCAGUUGCUGAGCUCAAAUACGACGUGAUAGAGGAGCGAAAAACCACCGUCCGAACAAAUUUCACGAUUUGUCGUGAAACCCGAGGCAACAACAAUUCUUUUUUUAGAGGAUGUACAGAUGUGGUGUGCUGCUUUCUCUUUCUCGUUUUCACUACUGGAUGGGGAGUCGUCGCAGCAAUCGGCUUUCUUUGGGGAGAUGGAGAGCGGCUAAUACUACCCACAGACUCGUUUGGACGGCGCUGCGGGGGGUAUCGAGAGAAUUCCUACAAUUUCACAACUCGGCCAUAUUUGUACUACUUCGAUAUAACAAAAUGUAUAUCCUAUUCCACAGCUCUGGGCGGCUGUCAAACACCUCAGAUGUGCGUGGCCCGUUGUCCGUCCAGGUAUUUUUCGUACCUACAACUGCAAAGUCCUACCGUAUCAGCGACGGAUUUUCGUAACACAGUAAUGUCGACACUUUAUUGUCUUGAUGACGUGGACAAGAACACAAUCACUUCCUUUACUGUUUUACGAAAUUACAUACAACAACAGAAAUGUGCAUCAUACACGGUAAAGUCAGCUCCAGUGCUUGGACGAUGCGUGCCAGAAAUCGUCGUUGGAGCCGGAGAUCUUAUAAAUAACCUUUCUAAUGGGAAUGCAUCACUCGACGCUCUGAAGAACAUGUUCGGAGAUGACGGUACCAUACCACCUGACAAACUGGUGAACGACAGUCAAAAAUACAUCGGAGAAGUCGUCAACUCCGAAGGUGUUAUUACUAAAAUCGUACAUGAUCUCUCUAAAUCUUGGUGGCAGAUUCUCACUCUGAUCUUGGCUGCCGGUGUGUUCGCUUUUCUUUGGACAGUAGUAUUGCGAGUCCUUGGUGGUUUCAUGAUUUGGACAUCAAUUCUUUGCAUCAUCGGGCUACUUGGAGCAGGUUGUGGAUACAGCUGGUAUAAAUGGACAAAUCUGGUAAGAGCUGGAGCCAUUGAUGACUACUCCUUUCAGCCGAUAUUUAGCGUUUAUUUUGAAAUGCCUACUACAUGGCUUGUUGUUGCUGUCAUAGUUAGCAUCGCUCUACUCAUAUUGCUUCUUAUUAUUCUAUUCGUUCGUAAACGAAUAUCCAUCGCUGUGGCAUUGAUCGAGGAAUCUAGCAAGUGA